AUGAUACCCUGUGUAUUAGUGUACUGUUUCAACCUCCUGUUCUUAUCCCACCUUUUAAAAGUGUCAUGUUCUUCGUGUGACAUGAACUUUAACGGAGAUAGUGUUAAAUCCUCUUUGCUCAAUAGCCACUCUGAGUACAUUGAUGCUUUGUAUGGGUCAAAAGUGGAGUAUCCUGGAAACGCCAUUCCCACAUGGGAGAUGAAUUUGUCCAUAGGGGGUGGAGAUGCCGUUUCUGGUGCUGAGGGGGGCGUAGAGGCAGGGAAGGAGGGCCCAAGUGAGGGAGAGGGGUCAACGGAGGAGGAGGGAUCUACUGAGGAGGAGGGAUCAACUGAGGGGGAGGGAUCUACUGAGGGGGAGGGGUCAACGGAGGGACAGAGGUCCACGGACGAGAAGAAAAAGAAGAUGAAGAAGAAACCGGAGCAGAAGGAGAUGAAAAAAUUGAAACAGAAAAUUGGAUCCCAAGUAGAAUCCAAAGUAGGCAGGAAGGUCGAAAGUAGGAAUAACCAAAAGACCAAAAAAGACCAUCCGUACAGCCAAAACUCUGGCGACUUGGUUGAGGCAAUCCCCCAGCCGAACCGAAAUGUGAACCAAGUGGUUGAAGAAAACCUUCUGCCAAACGAAAAAGUUAACAACUGGCUUCAGGCUAUUCCCCUACCCGACGAAAAACUGAAUAAAAAAGCUUCACCAGACAAGCUAACUGACAAAUUAACUAAUCGAACGACACUGUCAGACGGCAUACACUCCGAAGUAGGCAACGAGGGUAUCCCAUCAGCUCGUGUACGAACCCAAGUAGCUAGUCCCAGUGUUCAGUCGGAAUGCUCUCACGAAAAAAUCAAAAUAGAUAAUGAAAAGAUUUCAGAAAAGCGUGUACCCAACCAAGAGGUGAACCAAAAAAAACCCAAAGAGAAUGUAACCAUACCAUCGAUAGCAAGAGCCUUAAAAAAAUAUGCAGAAAUGUUGGAGAGAAUGGCGAAAAGGGGAAAAAAGGAGGAAGAAAAAAGGGAAACAAAAGGGGAAAAGAAAGAGGAAGCAAAAGAGGAAAAAAACGAAGAAACAAAGGAAGAAACAAACGAAGAAACAAAGGAAGAAACAAACGAAGAAACAAAAUGGGACGCAAAAGAGGACACAACAGAGGAGGCACACACCAGUCACUACGAAAACGUAACAGAAGAGGCCAUGAAGGAACAAAAAUCGAGCAAAAAAAAAGAAAGGAGUAAAAAGGGUUGGUUUAGCACCUACUGGAGUCAAAGUUCAAAAAAAAGGAAACCAACCAACCCAAGCGAACCAACCGAACCAAGCGAACCAACCGAACCAAGCGAACCAAGUGAACCAAGCGAACCAAGUGAACCAAGCGAACCAAGCGAACCAAGUGAACCAAGCGAACCAAGCGAACCAAGUGAACAAGAAAAUGCUGACAAAAAAGGAGAAAUGAAAGAAUCAAAUUCAUUUCCAUUAAUCUGUAGAAAGACGAAUAUAAGAAAAGAUGAAGACGUUAAGUUAAAUGAACAGAAAUGUUCGGUGACGGAAUUUCCUAACGCAGAUUUAGAUGCGUGUGAUAAGAAAAACAUAGAAAAUGAUACCUCAUUGGACAAAGAGGGAAUGAUACAAAAAAUGGACGGAAGUUACCUAAAGGUCGUGCCAGAAGGUGAAGGAGUGGAACCCUGCAGUGCGAUACAGAGAAGUGAUGAAGACCUAGUGUCAAUAGUAGGAGAAAAUGAUAUGAUAUUUGGAGGGGUGAGUCAAGUGAAAAAGAGCGGCGUAAAGUCGAAGAGGAAGAAAGAAGGGAAGAGCAGGAGAGGAAAGGAGAAAAGGAAAGCAGACGACGUGAAAAAGGAACCAGAAGGGGGAGAGGAGAAAAGGGAGGAGGAAGAAAACAAAAAGGAGGAGGAAGACGUGAAAGUAGAAGAUCCCGACGGGGAUGAUAGCGGCGUCGACAGCGACGACUCACAGAACAGACCGGUGGAAGAGGUGUCUAGGGAACCUUCGGAGGGAGGAGUACAUUUGGAAGAUAAACUGUACGGCGACUAUGAGGAUGAAGAUGACUAUGAUGAUGAGGAGGACGACUAUCACGAGGAAGACGAGGAGGAAGAAGACGAAGAUGAUGAUGAGGAGGAGGAGGAAGCGGACCAAGCGGACGACAUCGAUGAGCUAAUAAAUCGGUACCUGGACGAAGUGGAGCAAAUUGUACAAUCUUUGGGGCCUGCAGCAAAAGACGAUUCCACUGAAACGAUCGGAGUGUCUACUCCCUCCAAAGGCAACAAGUCUGACAACAAGGACACGGAGAGUACCUUAAGUGCCAAAAAGAGCUUAAGUGGAAGUAACGACGAUUUGACGGAAGAAAAAGAAUUAGGGAAGAGAGAACGAUUCCGAUACAAAUCGACCAAAGAAAAUGUCUACGAGAGGUAUAAAAACGAUCUGAAGCUGUACAGGGAGAUGUUGAAAGAAAAUAAGCUAAAUGAGUUUUACAACGAAAUAAUAAGAAAUAGAGAUUUAAUAGACAUAAAUUACAAAAAUGAAUAUGCUUUAAAAAUGAAGUACAAUAAAGGGUAUGAUUUUUCCUUACACAAUUUACACGUAGUGAAUGAAGAAAAGGCAAGUGAGAAAUUCUAUUCCAAUUUUGUAGCAACGUGUGAUGAGGAGGACAAGGCGACAUUUCAAGAUGUGAAUUAUUUUGCUGAUUUGACAAAAAUAGAUGUCGAUCCCCUCAUGUUUAAAGAGUUUUACAUAAAAUCGAGUAUAUGUAAUGGGGAGUUCUUACCUCUGAAAAGUACGGUGAUCGAAAAGAUAUGUUUCAUAUCAAACCAUUUAAAAAAAGAACCCAGUACUAACCGAAUCACCAUUAAGAGCAAGAAAUCGAUUCUGCAUUACCUAUUUUUGAAUAUAGUUAAGAGGCUUAAAAACUUCUCCCUAAAACAGUGCAUUAAGAAUGUGGAAGAAUCAAACUUACUGGAUAUUCUUUUUCUCCUGAAUGAAGAAAUUGUAAAGGAAUCGAAAAAAGAGCUGAACAUAGGGAAAUGUGUAAAUAAUGUAAUAGCUCGAAAUAAUGACUGGUAUGAUUUAAUCAGCUUCGUCGUUAUGAUUAUGUUUGGCUGUACGACGUACAUGAAAGAGCAUUAUUUCCUAACGGAGGAAGAAAGAAACGAAUUCAUAACUACGGAUCAAAUUGUCGAUUUGCCCAUAUUUGAAUAUCUCGACGCAAACGUUAUUGACAGUUUUGUCCCAGCGAAUGUGCAAACACAAAUUGAUAUCGACCUGCUGAAAGAUAUUACCGAUGCGCCUGAAGAUAAGAAGGAAAUGUAUCAGACUUGGUAUCUCUGUUAUUUAUUUACCCAUAAAGUAUAUUUAAUAAAUAAAAUGUGGAAUGUGAUAAAAAAAUGGGAAGCAUCCAAAUUUAUCCCUAAACCAUGGUAUAUAGAUCACGUAGGAAGUGUCUUAGUUCCUCAGGCAAUGAAUUUACAUCACCUGGAGGAAGAUAAGCAUGUCUUUUUCAGGUACACGGAUCCUCUUCAAAUUUUUGCAUCGUUCAAGAGAAGCAAGAAAUAUCCCUUACCAAAUUAUGACAAGAAAAAUUUGCAUUUGGUAGAAAAUAUUGUCGCUUUUCAAGGAACGGCUAGUCCGUUUAUGUGGAUGCUAAAUGUGAUACACGAGCUAACUUCGUACCCCUUUUUGACAAAGGGGAAAUUACACAAGGCGUAUUUAUUCAUAUUCAAAAAAGUAGUGAAGCCAUACUUGCGCGUACUAAAGAAAAACAUUUUAAAUGAAAUAAAGGAUGAGAAAUCGAAAUAUACCAAAGAGAAUCCAUAUGUCAUUAUAUUCACUGGUCACUCCUUUGGUGCCGCUAUGGCCCAGUUGAGCUCCUUUUAUUUAGCCAAAAUUCUGAAGGCUACAAAUAAUCCCAAAGUGAAGAUCCUCUCUGUGACAUAUGGAAUGCCCAUGUUUUUUGAUGACCAAUUUUCGGAAGACUUCCGAAAAAGUGGUGUCAUUAGUAACAACAUCACCACUGAUUAUGAUCCCGUGCCAAACAUUAUGGCCGUUCCUGGAGUGAACGAUUUUAAGGACCCAGAAGAAGAGAAAAAAUUAUCUACCAUUUUUAAGAUUAACGAUUUGAAGAACUUAAAUCAUGAUUUUGGUGACAACAUUUACAACGGAAGUGAACUGUUUCAUCAGGAUAGGAAUCAAACUCGUUCGAUGCUACACCUCCUUACAAAAUAUAUCUUUAACCAUAAUGUCUUUCUCGAUUUGGGAGAGUUACACUUUUCACAGACGCACUACUUUUUUUAUUAUGUGUUCUUAACUCUCCUGUCCGGAUGGGUCAAUGAAGCCGAAUGGGGCACUUUCUUCCACAUCCCAUUUUUCCUCUUUGACCUUAUUAAUUUCACGCACAGCGAAAUCAUGACCAAGUCGAAAGAGGUCUACAAAAAGUACAGAGAAGAUGUGAUUAAGAAAUUGCAGAGCAGCCAGAAGCAGAAAGGUAGCAGUGCUAAGAAGUAG